AUGAGCAAAAAUCAUUCAGAGUCCGCUUUCCGAGACCGUAUUCACCGUCUUUCUGAUAAACUCAGUUCAAUCCAAACAUCUCUAGAAGGAGACCGCACAUCUCGUUUAGACUCCAUAAAUGAUAAGCUCCAAGCUAUAGAAGAACAGCUCUUUGAAUCUCAAGAACAAAAUACUAAAAAAUUCUGACGCAAGCAAAUCUAAUCAGUAUAAAUCUUUUGAAUUUUAAAUAAGAAUUUUAUUUUAAAAUAUUCUUCUUUUUGACAAAUCAUAACUUCCUCCUUCAGUUACCGGACAAAAUCCUUAUUUUUGGAAAUUUAUUAAUCCUUGAGAAAAAUGCUAUAAUUAACAAUAAAAUUUCUAUCAUUUUAGACAACUUGCACUUUAAAAACAUAAAUUUUAUAAAUUAAAUUAGAUUUCUUGAAUUAAAAAUCAAAAAAUUAUGUUUAUUAAAACUAUUAACCCCUGUGACUAGCAACAAUAUUUUUUGGCUUGCUAACAAGUGGGAAGUAUUUUCUAUAUAUGUUAAAAACAAAUACCAAAAUUCGGAUCCUUAAAAGAGAAUCUUUUAAAAAUCCAAAAAGCACUUGACGAAGAACGGUCGACACGUGAAGCAUUUUUUGAAGUAAAAUCACGCGAACUUACAGAAAUCCAAGACCGAAUGCAUGAAAUUAUUGUAAAAGCUGGCAAUUCACGUAAAGAAAAUGAAAUUCGUGCACAACGGCUGAUUGACGAAAGAAUUGAAAGCAUAAAAAAUGAACUUUUAAAGGAGGUUAGAGCCAGAGAAGAGGCAGAAAAAGAAGCAAAGCUAUAUUUUAGCAAGGAUCCACCAAAACUUUAUGAGUAUAUGGAAAAUUCUGUAAGGGAAAGAGAAGAGCUAGAAGCAAAUUUGAUGAAAAAAUUGCAAAAUGAUUUAUUACUUGCAAAGGAUAAUAGACUUUGCAGUUUUAGUUGAAAAUUUUAUAUUUUAUAGUAAAUUUUAUUAAAUAUCAGAAAAAAUGCUGCAUAUCUCUAUAGAAAAGUAUAGGAGAAAUCAAUAACACCUUAGGAAUGGAAAGAAAAGCCCGUGAAGAAACAGAAGAAGCUCUACUCGCCAUGGUCAGAGACGUCGUAUCUCGUAUAAAAGCAGAACUAGAUCAAGAACGAAAAGACAGAGAAUCCUCAGAAGAAACAUUAUUGACCUUAUUAGAAGAAACCUGCACCAAGCUUAAUGCUGUUAGCAAAUAUUCUUAA